CAACCUACAAAUGGAUUACCUUGAUCUGUACCUUAUCCACUGGCCCAUGAGUGCAAAGCCAGGGCCGCCUAUUUUCCCUUUAAAGAGAGAGGACAUCAUGCCGAUGGACUUGAAGGGUGUUUGGGAAGCAAUGGAGGAGUGCCAAAGGCUGGGGCUAGCUAAGGCAAUCGGAGUUAGCAACUUCCCGACGAAGAAGAUCGAAGAGCUUCUCAAAACAGCUAAAAUACCGCCAGCGGUAAACCAGGUGGAGUUGAAUCCAGUUUGGCAACAGCAGAAGUUGUUGCAAUUCUGUGCGGAGAAAGGUAUACGUGUGACGGCUUACUCUCCGUUGGGAGGUCAAACUGCUGGAGGUGCAAACCCAGUGAUGGAAUCCGAAGUGCUCAAAGAGAUCGCUAAGGCAAAGGGAAAGACGGUGGCUCAGGUUUCGCUAAGAUGGAUUUACGAGCAAGGCGCUAGCAUGGUUGUUAAGAGCUUUAACAAGGAGAGGCUCAAGCAGAACAUUGAGAUCUUCGAUUGGGAGCUAACCGAGGAAGAACGGAUUAAAAUCAGUCAGAUACCGCAAAAGAAGAGGGUCACCGUACGGGACAUAAUCUCCAAAGAAGGUACUCUCGAAUCAGUCGAUCUUUCGGACAUCGAUUGUGUUGAGAUGUAACUAAGCUAGCAUGGUAUUUGAAUUUGGAAUAAAUACACAAUUGAAAUGUCAAAUGAUGUCAUCAAUUUGAAUCUGUUUAGCAUACUAUGUAGACUUAUCUUUGAAUCUAAUGGAGAUCAGUUUCUGUGCUUCGUGAUUUGCA